GGGCAACAUUUUUGAGUGCUUGCUUACACGUCAAAUGGUUAGUAACAAUUUACGACUAAUGUUGUUUAAAAAAGCCUUAAACGUGUGUAAAUAACCUAUUUAAGUGCUUAACAGGCAACUAACUUAUUUUUAACAUAUUGGAUGUGCCGGCGGAGACAUAUAAACAUUCCUUAGUUAUAUAAACUAAUGUUAUUGUAGGCUAAACUUAUCACAGUAAAAUGGGCGGUAUAUUUAGUUACUUUAGAGGCUUGUUGGGCGCUCGGGAAAUGAGGAUUUUGAUCCUUGGUCUCGACGGUGCCGGAAAGACGACUAUUUUGUACAAAUUGCAAGUUGGUGAGGUCGUGACAACUAUACCCACGAUAGGUUUCAAUGUAGAGCAAGUUACGUACAAAAAUCUUAAAUUUCAAGUAUGGGAUCUCGGUGGACAGACAAGUAUUAGACCAUACUGGCGGUGUUACUACGGGAACACAGAUGCAAUAAUAUACGUCGUAGACUCGGCCGACAGAGAUCGGAUAGGAAUAUCUAAAGAUGAAUUAGUACAUAUGUUACGAGAAGAAGAGCUAGCUAAUGCAAUACUAGUGGUGUUAGCGAACAAACAGGAUAUGGCCGGUUGUUUAACAGUGGCUGAAGUACACCAGGCUUUGGGUCUGGAUGCCCUCCGUGAUCGAACUUUUCAAAUAUUCAAGACUUCUGCAGUAAGGGGCGAGGGAUUGGACCAAGCGAUGGAUUGGCUCUCCAAUGCGCUGCAGGCUAGGAAAUAACAAAUUUAGAGUACUGAAGAAGAUUUGAUACACCAAUUACGAGUCGGAGUCAUAGUCGUCUUAAGCCAAUAGAGUAGCUAGCGUCGCUGUCUGACUAACCAACUUUAUUUUAUGCAUCAAAACUUCCAAUUUUUUUUAAGGAAUUGUUGCGAUUUUUCUUUUAAAAACGUGUGAUAUCUAGUUUUGUCGCUAAUUGUACAUUGUAAUAAAGUUAUUUUAACGGA